AUGUAUUGUUUGUCAUGUCUCGUCAUUAUAUGUUUGUUCACGAGGAUUUGUUACACGGCCGGUGAAUCUGGAGGAUGGCAAGGGAUAUCAACGAAUUAUGGUUUGAGUUACGGCGGACACGAUGACAUAUCUCUUCACAAUUCUUAUGGAAAUAUUCAUCAAGACAUAAGCUCUUACGGUUCUUACGAUUCCUACGGAGGUGGAGGCCAUAGCUUUAACUCCGGUCUCGAUCAUGGCCUCUACGAAGGUCAUGCUCACCAUCAUUAUGGCGUUCAGACAGUACCGAUCAGCGAACACGUAGAGAUUACGAAGCCAGUGCCAGUGCCGGUUGUAAAAAAUGUUGGGGUACCAGUUGCCCAACCAGUUGCCAUACCAGUUCCACGUCCGGUGGCAAUUGGAAUACCUCAACCAUAUCCGGUACAUAUACCGAUAGCCAAACCAGUGGCCAUACCUGUGGUAAAAACUGUCGCUAUACCUGUUGAGAAAAAGGUUCCGUAUCCGGUGGAAAAAGUGAUACCUGUGCCAGUCGAAAAAGCUGUACCAAUUACCAUUGAAAAGCAUGUACCUGUACCAGUUGAAAAACCAUAUCCGAUUCAUAUACCAGUUUACAAACACGUUUUCCAUAAAGUCAAGAGUCACGGUCAUGGUUGGAGCCAUUAGAAAACAAGAGACAAACAGAAAGUGACAUAAGCAUUUUAAGAUUACAAAAAAAUAAAAAAGAAAAGAAAAGGAAAGAAGAAAAAAAAGUCGAUUUGGCAUAUAAUUGUUUGAGUUUUUUUGAGGGGCUCGCCAUAGAAAAAAAAAAAAAAGAAAAGAAAAUAAGAGAAAAAGAAGAAGAAGAAGAUAGAAAAAAAAUCCUGCUUUUGAAAAAAAGAAAAAUAUACUGCCAUAAAGCAUGCUACCGAAGGAACACAUUUUAUUUUCUUCGAUAUUUCGUCUCGAGCCAUUUGAUCGAACACGAUCGCAUAUAGUAUUACAUUUUGUAUUUAUAAUUUUUAAU